AUCAACCCUGUGAAUUUUCAAGAGGGUGAUAAUGUCUUUUUAUUAAGUGGACCAAGACCAGGAAAAUUAGGUGACCAAUAUGAUGGUCCUUUCAAAGUUUUAGAAAUUCUGCCAGAUGGAAAUGUCAAAAUUGCAAUAAAAAACAAGUUUAAAAUUGUUCAUCCAAAUAGAUUGAAAAUAUCAAAAAUGAUUGACAGUAGAUAUAAUGAUAAAAAGAAAAUCAAGAAAAAACAAAGAAAAGAUGGAUCUAGUGAUUCCGAUUCUGAUUAUACACCAUAAAGAAAACAUUCUUAAUUUAUGUUUUAUUUGUGUAAGGUUAUAAAUUAAUUCCUUUUAUUCUUAUUCACAGAAAAGAUGAUUCUUUUAAAGAUUAUGAUACUGAUAGUAAUGUGGAAUUCAGUGUCUGCAAUAAUUGGGUACGACUGUGGUAGUAAUGCGCUCAAUGUUACGACCAUAUCCUUACUCGAUAUCGAUGAUUGCGAUAUCGAGGAUGAAGAGGUAACGACCUCUAAAACACAUAUUUAUAUGAUACAAUUGGACAAAUAUACUCAUACAAGAGUACUUCAAUGUAAAAUUGAAGUAAGUCGUACUGUCUACCAUUGUGGCAUGCACUCCCAUGUCUCAAUUGUUGACAAUGCACAUGCUGAAUAUAUUCAGUAUAUCUCAGAAGAUGCGUGCAAGGUUGCCCAUGACCAUGGCACCAUAACAAUCGGUAAUACUUUAAUUACUGGACUUCAACCCAACACAACAACCACUAGAAGUGUCACUUUAGCAGGUACUGUAAACAAUGACGGUCGUUGUGAUGGAGUCCAAUAUUCGGACCCUUUUGAUUCAUACAAAAACGUCGUUGUAUUGGGUGUUGUUCGAAUCUCACUGAGAUCAGAUAUGGCUAGAGUAGAGGUAGAUAAUGGAAAAAUUUACCUAUCCUCCGGUCAUGCUUAUAGGUUAAGAGACAAUAAAUGUAUCGAUCCAAUUGGAGGAUAUUCAUUCUGGGAAACAUUACCCUCAACAUCUCAUUGUGAAACAGGUUUAUUUUCUAUUCUUCAUAAAGGCCUGGUAAAUAAAAUAACCUCAAGAGAUGAUACUUUAUAUUCUGUCAAUGUAAAGGAAGUUAGCUUCACUUUUACGAAACAAGGUGUUGAUAACGCGUGCGGUUUGAAUCUAAUAAAGACGGAACAUCCGAAAAUUUUCAUCAUUGAAACAAGCAAUAUUGCAGAUUUUUCACGAAAUGUUGCGGUUUCAUUAAAUACCGACAAUAUGGAUUUACUUAUGUAUGUAAAUGCAAAAUUUGUUUAUGUAGAAAGAUAUAUUAGAUCUCAAGUGCAUGGAUUGUACAGAGAUGUCUUGCGCCACCAAUGUAAUCUGGAACGAGAGAUUUUGAGAAAUAGCUUGGCAAUUGCAUCGACUAUGCCUGAUGAAUUUGCAUUUAGAUUUAUGAAAGGUCCAGGUUACAUGGCGGUGUUAGCUGGUGAAGUUAUUCACUUAGUUCAAUGUGUACCAGUAGAAUUAAAAGUAAGGAAAACAGAAGAAUGUUAUAAUCGUCUACCAGUACAACGAGGAAAUGAGAGCGUUUUCCUAACACCAUGUACCCAUGUUGUUGUAACACAGGCGACACAAAUCCCUUGUAAUUCUCCAUUACUUCAGUUCUAUCGUCUUGCUGAUACUUGGUAUAAAUUGAUGCCACACGCAAUUGAAAUGCUGCCACCAAUCCAAAUCAAACCCAACGUUAAGGUGACAUGGAAAUACCAAAAUCCUAGUCAUUUAGCAACCAGCGGGAUAUAUAGUGAAGAAGGAGAACACAGCAGUUCUCAACCAGAUCGCCCAAAAAGUCUCAAGUAAUGGGUCUCACUACGCAUCACCAUCGAUGUUCAACAUUUUCGAUGAGAAUGCUUUGGAAAAACUGGCUGAAAGUACGUGGAAGAAGACAUGGGGCCGAUUUAUCAGUUUCGGUUCCAUCAGCGCUGGAUUCAUCGGAGUUUUCAUGCUGAUUCGAAUAUUGAAACUCCUCGUGGAUACCAUUAUCCACGGUUAUACGCUUCACAUGGUUUAUGGAUGGUCUAUCCAUUUGUUAGGAGCAAUUUGGGAUUCUGUUACGAAUCUACUACUGCAUAUGGCUAAGCAGGCAAGAAAUCCAGAGCGCAAGGACGUUGAGUUGGGACUUAUCGAAGCUUCUGCUCCAGCAAGCGAUGGAGCAACUGAGAAGAUUUAUCCACACAUUGAGAAACCUCUCAAUGAUAGUGAAGUAAGACACUUCGUUUGACCCUGAAGAAGGAAGACCACGACAGCUGCAUUACUGUGUUACACAACAACAACAUCCUCUAUUCUGAUGAAAGGCUCUCAACUUCAAGUCUACGAAAUUUUGUAAUUAGACAAGUAAGAUUUAAAGACUGUCUCUUAUUAGAUAGAAAUAAGAUUAUUUCAUUUUUUUUUAUUACGUCGUUCUCGUUCUCUAAUGUCACUCGUACUUCCGUCUAACUGCGGGGGUGUGACAUCCGUCAGAAAAUUCAUUUAAAUUCAUUUUCUUACGUCGUCAUUCAAUUAUCUCAGUGAUAGA